ACCAACACUGGCUCAUGUGCCGCAUAUAAAAUCGCGCUCGUUUGCUUGUUUUCUUAAAAUUUUAAUAUUAAUUGUUUACAAUGACUGAGGAUACCGUACCGCAUUUCGAAAUUGGCGACACACUUGCCAUGCGCUGCGGCAAUACGCUAACCGCAAGUUUUGUGCCAGGCGGCUCCAAAUUAGCGCUGAGUGCCUAUCGGCCAGUCAAAUGGAGCACACCCGACGCGCCGAGUGAAUCGGCUGGCGAGGAACCGGUGCUGAUUUAUAUGGCACAAGAAACGACGCUUUAUACUGAGCCUCUGCUUCGCAGUCUACUUGCUGAAACGAAUGCCACAUUUGCGACUCUACAAGUGUUAGGCCAGGGGUCGAAGGGAGACGCAAAAAAAACCGUAGAGUACAUAAAAAUUUCCAGAACCUAUCGCAGUAUAAUCCGUUGCUGUCUUGAGAAGCUGGAACACGCUAAGCAAUCGCCAGAGGUACAAGAGAAUGAGGCCAUCAAACAGCGCCACGCGGACGCAAUAUUGACUUUCUAUGCAAUCGAGUGUUUGUGGCAUCUGUUUGAAAUCCUCUACAUGCAGCAGCAGCACAAUCAGCUGAUUGUGACCCAACUGUUGGAGUGGACGCGCUUUCAUUAUCCCAACACGGAAGAYGCGGCUACUGAUCUGUUGCUCAUGGCCGAAGAGGCCAGCGAAUGCGAGAGCUAUUGGGACACAUUAAAAACGCUCAUAAUGCUCGGACAGCUGGACGUGACACGRGCCAUUCUCUCGCAGCAUCGCAAAUUCAAUCAGACUGCGUUUCAAACAGCCGAUCAGGUACUCAAGUCAAUGCCCGUUUAUCAGGAUGGCUAUGCAAUGCAAAAGUUUUGCUCC